UGGCCACCCACGUUGUUUAAUGAACAAGUGUCUUCAUUGAUGUAUUUUUUUCUAAGUGUUAGAUAGUGCAAUCUUGUAAAACUUUAUGAUCAAUCAUAUUUGUUAUAUAUAUGUGCUCAUAAAUUGUUGAUAUAAUAACAAGGGUAGUUUUAAUUAACUAUGCUGCGUAACAUAACCAAAACAUACGUUGGCGCGAUACAGCCGGUACUUUCUAAUAAAAAACCUGCAAAAUUACAUCAGAUAACUGUACGCCGUUUUCACGUAAAUGAAUUAAAAAGACGACUGAAAGCAGAACAGAAAUUAAAAGAAAAUGCUGAAAAAGAGGCACAGGCACUAGCACUAAAAGCAGCAAAAGGUGAAGUCAAAUCUAAGGAAAGAAAUGAUAUUAUAGAAGAGGAUAUCAUUUCAAAUGGAUACAUCAAACUCAGAACUCAAGCAAUUAAUCAUCUUAAAAUUACAAAUAAUAACCCUUAUCCACACAAGUUUCAUGUAUCGAUGUCAUUAGAAAAUUUCAUUGAAAAAUUUAAUGACAAAGUGAAAGAUGAAGAAAUAUUAAAAGAUGAAGUACACAGUGUUGCCGGCCGUGUGUUUGCUAUUAGGGAAUCUGGUGCCAAACUAGUUUUUUAUGACCUAAGGGCAGAAGGCCUUAAAAUUCAAGUUAUGGCAAAUGCAAGACUUUACGAGGACAAUGAAAAAUUCAUAAGUGAUAUUUCUAAAAUAAGAAGAGGUGACAUUAUUGGUGUUACGGGAAAUCCUGGGAGAACCAAAAAGGGUGAAUUCUCUAUCAUGUCACAUAGUAUUAUCCUUCUAAGUCCCUGUUUACACAUGUUACCAAAUCUUUACUUUGGAUUAAAAGAUAAGGAAACAAGGUUCCGACAACGUUAUUUAGACUUUAUAUUAAAUGAGAGAGUAAGAAAAACAUUUCAUACGCGAGCAAAACUAAUAGCGUAUAUCCGUAAGUAUCUCGACGACCUUGGCUUUUUGGAAGUUGAAACACCAAUGAUGAAUAUGAUAGCUGGUGGUGCUACAGCCAAACCUUUUAUCACACAUCACAAUGAAUUAAAUAUGGACUUGUAUAUGCGUAUUGCUCCAGAAUUAUAUCUUAAAAUGCUAAUAGUUGGUGGAUUGGACAGAGUAUAUGAAAUUGGAAGACAAUUCAGGAACGAAGGAAUCGAUUUAUCGCACAAUCCGGAGUUUACUACUUGUGAAUUCUACAUGGCCUACGCAGACUAUAAUGACUUAAUGUCUAUUACAGAAGAAAUGAUAUCUGGAUUGGUGAAAACCAUAUGCGGUAGUUACAAAAUACUGUAUCAUCCGGAUGGUCCAGAUGGAGAAGCAGUGGAAAUUGAUUUUACUCCCCCUUUUAAACGAGUAUCUAUGAUGAAGACUCUAGAAGAAGUAUUAAAAGUAAAAUUACCUUCACCAGAUGAAUUGAAUACACCAGAAGCAAAUCAGAUACUUAAUGAACUCUGUAUCAAACAUGAAGUUGAAUGCUCUUCACCGAGAACAGCGACUAGAAUGCUAGACAAGCUCGUUGGUGAAUUUAUAGAAGAAACUUGUAUCAACCCUACAUUCAUUUUGGAUCACCCAGAAAUUAUGUCUCCCUUAGCAAAAUGGCAUCGUUCUGAAAAAGGUCUUACAGAACGGUUUGAAUUAUUUAUUAUGAAGAAAGAAGUAUGCAAUGCUUAUACAGAAUUAAAUGAUCCUGUGGUCCAAAGAGAAAGAUUUGAGCAACAAGCUAAAGACAAGGCAGCUGGUGACGAUGAAGCACAAUUAAUUGACGAGACUUUUUGUACUGCAUUGGAAUACGGUUUACCGCCAACUGCUGGUUGGGGAUUGGGCAUUGAUCGACUUACUAUGUUCCUUACAGAUGCUAAUAACAUUAAGGAGGUACUGUUGUUCCCACAAAUGAAACCAGAUGAUCCAAACAAAAACAAAGGAGUAUCAGAAAAUGAUAAAACGCCAUGUGACAGCAAUGCAAGUAAUGUAGAUAAAUGAAGCAAGAUCUUAUGCUGUGACUUUAACUUAUACAUCAAUAUGAAAACAUUGAAUGUAAAAUCCGAAAAUAAAUAAAUUGUAUUUCCAGAGA